CAUGAAUACAAACAAGUGAUUAUUUUGGUGGCCGGUUAAUGAUUUAACUCGAUUAAUAUAUUCAAACAAACCCAUUUUCGGUAGGAACUCUAUGUGACAUGUAUGAAAAGUGACUUGACUAUUGAACCAACGGAUUCCAUUUAUUCGUCUUCAACAACAGCAAGUACAACUCCAGUGAAUAUACCCUCAUUAUUUUGCAAAAGGUGCGACUUGCAGAAGAAUUCAGAAAACACUGCGGUUAUUAUUAACUGCGUUCAUUGUUUUGAUUACGGAAAUCCUUCGAACAGAACCUGCAUGAAUUUCACUUGUACUGCGAACUACCUCGAAAUAAAAAACUAUACGAAACCUUUCUAUCGCACUUUCAAGGAAUUUUGAUUUCAAAAAUUUUGAAGUUUAGAAUUCGUCAUGCCAUUUUGUGUCUGGUGUUGGUACCCUUGAAUUUUGAUGUUUGUGGAAAUGAGUUUGGUUGUUUAGUUUUGUGAAUUAAUUUGAAGCCAAAAUUUCCACAAAAAUAGUUAAAAAUGUGGUCUAGAAAAUUGAAACACCUAUGGAAGCCUUCAAAGUCAUUAGUACGUUCUUCCUCACAAACUGCUCCAGUAAGAAAAGUUAACAAUGAUACCCUCUCCGAUAUCAAUAAGUUUGUUCUUGGUGAAACUGUCCACGGUUUUCAAGUGAAAGAAGUUAGAGAAAUAAAGGAAUUCAAAGUAGUGGCUCUCCUGUUAGUACACGAGAAGACAAAAUCGGAAUAUCUACAUCUGUUCAGAAAUGAUUCAAACAAUGUAUUUUCAGUCAAUUUUAGAACUACACCUAGAAAUAGUACAGGUCUACCGCAUAUAUUAGAACAUAUAGUAUUAUGUGGCUCAGAGAUGUACCCAGUGCGGGAUCCAUUUUUCAAAAUGUUGAAUAGAUCCUUGGCAACUUUUAUGAAUGCCAUGACUGGUUCCGAUUUCACAAUGUAUCCUUUUAGUAGCCAGAAUUUGACAGAUUUCAGAAAUCUACAAAGAAUUUAUUUGGAUGCUGUCUUCAGACCUGAACUGAAGGAAUUAGAUUUCAUGGAAGAGGGUUGGAGGCUUGAGAAUACCGAUCUGAAUGAUGUAAAGUCGCCAUUAUUUUUAACUGGUGUUGUUUAUAAUGAAAUGAAAGGAGCAUUCUCUGAAAAUGAAAGAAUAUUGGGUCAAAAAUUACAAAAUCUUAUACUACCUGAUCAUACUUACUCUGUUAUAUCGGGUGGUGAUCCAAUGAAGAUACCUGACUUGACUUGGGAGGAUUUGAAAAAUUUUCAUAAAAACCACUACCACCCUAGUAAUGCAAGAUUUUACUCAUAUGGAAAUUUCCCAUUAUUACCUUCUCUUGAAUACAUAAAUAAUGAAUAUUUAUCAAAGUAUACUUACUUAUCUCCAGAGAACACUAAAGUUCCACCACAAAAAAGAUGGAUGGAUUCUAAGGAAGAACAUAUAUAUGGCAGAUUUGAAAAUAUGGGGGAUGUCAUUGAAAAACAGAACUCUGUAGUAAUAUCCCUGUUGAUGUCUGAUAUUACAGAUAUUUAUGAAACAUUUGUAUUGAAUUUUAUUACUGAAUUACUAAUAAGAGGUUCAAAUGCUCCGUUUUAUAGAACUAUGAUUGAACCAAACUUUUCUGGAGGAUUUACUCAAACAACUGGUUUUGAUAAUCAAACAAGAGAUAGUAUUUUCACAGUUGGUCUGCAAGGUUUGAAGCAAGGCGACAUGCAUAGAGUUGCCAAAAUUUUCGAUUAUACUAUUGACAAAGUAAUAAAGGUUGGAUUUGAUGAGAAACACAUUGAAUCUGUAUUACAUAGAUAUGAGUUGUCUCUAAAACAUGAAACUUCCAAUUUCGGACUUCAUUUACUAUUUGGACUAGUACCAAUUUGGAAUCAUGAUGGACACAUAUUGAACAUUAUGGAGGUAAAUAAAUUACUUGGCAAGCUACAAGAGAAUAUGCAGAAUAAUCCAAAAUAUCUCCAAGAAAUGGUCAAAAAGCAUUUCAAAGAUAACAAGCACCGUUUGACAAUUACAAUGACUCCUGACGUGGAGUAUGAAGAAAAAUUAAGUUCAGAGGAAAAAAGACUGACUGAAAAGAAGAGCGCUGAACUCACCUUAGAAGAAAAAGAAGAUCUGUUCAAGAAAAAUUUAGAAUUGAAAGAAAGACAAUCAAAACCUCAAAACACUGAAAUUCUGCCUACAUUGAGUAUUGAUGAUGUAAGCACUGAUGUGGAAAGAAUUCCGGUGGAACAUACUACCAUAGGGCACAUUCCAGUGCAAAUAAAUAGAGUCAAUACGAAUGGUAUUGUUUAUUUCAAAGGAAUUUUAAGUACUAUGCAUUUAAGUCCAGAACAACAAAUGCUACUACCUCUAUUUUGUUAUGUUAUAAACAAAUUAGGUACUUCAAAAUUUAAUUAUAAAGAAUUUGACAGUUUAGCCCAGAGGAAAACUUCUGGUCUGGAUUUGAAUGUUCAUGUUGGUGAAAGUUUGUAUACCUUACAUACAUAUGAGCCAGGAGUAGCUAUUUCGAGUUACUGCCUUGAGAAGAACUUGGAUGAUAUGUGGGAACUGUGGUCACAAAUUUUCAAUAUCAAUCAGUUAGAAGAUGUGGCCAGAUUCAAGAUGUUAGUGCAGUUGUAUAUGGCGAAUUUAACACAAGGAUUGGCUGAUUCGGGACACAUUUAUGCGAUGCAGGCAGCAGCAGCUUUGGUUUCAGGGUCAUCUAGUCAGAAAGAAUACUUGACUGGUUUGCAACAUAUCGCCUACAUGAAGAAGUUGAUGAAUGUAUCCAACUAUCCAGCUAUGCUGAGGGCAAUGUUGGGGAUCGCAAAGGCCAUUUUCAAUGAGAAAAAUUUGAGAUGUUGUUUCAACGUAUCCGAUGAUCAAGCACCUUCAGUAUUAGCAUCCUUCAGAAGAUUCAUCAGUGAAAUACCAGAGGAUUCAUCAAUCCCAUUAUGUGAUAAAACUUAUGUCACAGGAAAAAUUGUCGCUCCCAAAAGUGGGUCCAUAUGUCAGCAUCAGGUUUUGAAUGUGCCGGUAAAUUAUUGCAGUAAAUCUAUUUUAACUGCUCCCUACUCAAAACGAGAAUAUGCCCAACUGCGAGUACUUGCCAGGUUACUUACUUCGAAAUAUCUGCAUCCUACUCUCAGGGAAAGGUACGGAGCUUAUGGAGCAGGAGCAAGAAUGACAACAGAUGGCGUAUUCACUUACUACAGUUAUAGAGACCCUAGAAAUUUACAAACUCUAGAUAUUUUCGAUCAAACUAGGGAUUGGUUGAAGUAUGAAAUUGAAAAAGUUACUCCUCAAGAAAUCGUCGAGGCCAAAUUAGGAGUAUUUCAAGGAAUAGAUCAACCUGUUUCACCCAGUAAUAAAGGAUGCAACGAGUUUUAUUUAAGAUUAACGCCAGAAGAACUUCAGCGUCAUAGGGCUGAGGUUAUGGCUGUGAAUAAAAAAAAUCUGCACGAUGUUGGCUAUAAAUACUUGUCUGGAGGUGCACAACUUCUGGUUGGAAAAGUUAUACUUGGACCUAAAACUGAUUGUGAUACUAGCAAAAGAAAAAACGAAAUGUGGACAGUUGUAGAUAAUUCUAAAACAAUUACUUUGUAAAUUUGCUAUUGAUAGUUUUACAAAUACAUGGAAAUUUUCCAGAAUGU